CCCCUCUCCAAGGCAAUGCCAGCGAGAGCCUUAUAAAGGACCACGCCUCACGGGCUCCGGGACAAGCCGGCAGGCACAGAGCAGGAUGGUCCCACUCCUGGUCACGCUGCUGCUGGUGCUGCUGGCACUUCUCUGCUUCUGGAGACUGGCAAAGGGGGACGCGCAGCCCAGAGCCAAGUACCCCCCCAGCCUGCCCUCCCUGCCCAUCAUCGGCAGCCUCCUGCACCUGGCCGGCAACUCCCAGCUCCACCUCUUCUUCCACAGCCUGCAGAAGAAAUACGGCAGCGUCUUCUCCCUGCAGCUGGGCUCCCAGUACAUGGUGGUCGUGAACCACUACCUGCAUGCCAAGGAGGUGCUACUGAAGAAGGGAAAGACCUUUGCCGGCCGGCCUCAUACCGUGACGACGGACAUGCUGACCUGGGACGGCAAAGACAUCGCCUUCGCCACCUACAGCCCGCUCUGGAAACUCCAGCGCAAGCUGGUGCACGCGGCACUGGCCCUGUGCGGAAAAGGGGCGCUGGCCCUGGAGAAAAUCAUCUGCCAGGAAGCGGCCUCCCUGUGUGAGACGCUCGGUGCUUCGCAGGACGUCCUCCUGGACAUGGGGCCGGAGCUCUCCCGUGCCAUCACCAACGUGGUGUGCGCGCUGUGCUUCAGCUCCAGCUACAGGCGAGGGGACCCCGAGUUCGAGGCUAUGCUGAAGUACAGCCAGGGCAUCGUGGACACGGUGGCCCAGCAGCACUUGGUAGACAUCUUCCCCUGGCUGAAGGUGUUCCCCAACAAGACCCUGGCGUUGCUGAAGAGGUCCCUCAAGGUCAGAGACCAGCUGCUGCUGAAGAAGUUAGAGGAACACAAGGAAGCGCUGGGCAGCAGCUCAGUUAACGACCUGAUGGACACGUUGCUGCGCGCCCAGCUCAACUUGGAGAACAACAACGGGCAGCUGGCCCCGCCGCUGGUGCUGACAGCCGAGUUUGUGUUGAGCGGGGUGGGCGUGAGAACCACUGCCCUAGGGAGCCACGCCCCGCCCUGGGCUAACGCUGACCCGGCUGGGCGGUGCCCCCAGGUGCAGAGCAAGAUCCAGGCAGAACUGGAUCGGACGAUCGGCUUUGCGAGACGCCCCCAGCUCAGCGACAGGGAGCAGCUGCCCUACCUGGAGGCCACGAUCUGCGAGGUCCUGCGCAUCCGGCCGGUCUCCCCCCUGCUGAUCCCACACGUGGCCCUUGCGGAUGCCAGCAUCGGGAAAUACACCAUCCCAAAGGGCACCCAGGUCAUCGUCAACCUCUGGGCCCUCCACCACGACGAGGAGGAGUGGGACCAGCCCGGGGACUUCAGGCCAGAACGCUUCCUGGACGCGCAGGGCAAUUGCCGGCCCCCCUCGCCGAGUUACCUGCCCUUCGGAGCCGGGAUCCGGGUGUGCAUGGGCAAAGCCCUCGCCAAGAUGGAGAUCUUCCUUAUCCUGGCCUGGAUCCUGCAGAGGUUCACCCUGGAGAACCCCCCGGGCCAGCCGCUGCCCACCUUGGAGGGCAAGUUCGGCGUGGUGCUCCAGAUAUACCCCUUCCAGGUGCAGGCCAGGCAGCGGGCGGCCUGGCAGAACGGCUUGUAACCCCGCUCUCCCCUCGCCUCGGACCGGGCUGGCCGCUCCAGGGACACUGUGUCUCUGUACAGGAUGGUGGAUGCUUGGGAGUUUGGGGAGGCCUGGAAUCCGGCUCCUUUGCACUGGACGACUGACAUCCUGACCUGCCUGACUGGGACCACAGGGGAUGGCAAUUCACUGCCUGGCUCUGCCCAUCUGCCCCUCACAGGCCCUGGCCAGCCCAGGGGUGUGUCUGGCCCAUGGACGAGGGAAGGAGAGCUGCUUGGGUUGUUAUUUGGGCAGGGUCAACACCCCAG